GAACGACUUCGUUCGAGCAGAACACAUCGUCUCCCACGUAGGUGUUUUCCGCGUGAAAUUUCGUUCGAAAGAAAAAUGCAGCACCUUCGUCUUUUUCAGGUAUUAACAGUUGCCUGUUUGUUUGCGCUCGGCAGGGGUGCCAUCGAAUCGUCAGAAACAAAGCUGACUACUAAAUUAAUCCCGCUGAACAGCCCUUCCUACAAGGAUGCUGACAAAGAUUUAACAGCGGCUGCGAGUGAUCGAACUCCCUUGAUUACAGCGUUCCAUAUUAGCAAGGAAUACGGCCAGCCAGGUGGCUACGUCGGUGGUGUACCUUACGGGAGUUACUUGGGAACUGGAAGUUCGAUUUACGGUCCUGGUACAGCAUACCGUGGAACAGGAUUGAGCCCGGGAUACGUGAAUCCAGGCUACAGAGGAUAUUCAGUGGGUGGACCUGGAAUUAUCGGGGGCGGCCAUAUAGGGUUCGGCUAUUACGGUAACUCCGGGUACAAUCCGGGGUAUGGAGGUGGCUACGGGUCUGGUUAUGGCGGAUACAACGGCUAUGGUGGCUACGGAAGUGGAUUAGGGGGUUAUGGUGGUUACAGUAACAGCUAUACUCCAGGAACUUACGGUUCAGGCGUCUACGAUGAUGGAUCCUAUGGAUACGGUACACGUGGUGGGUAUGGUCGUUACGGUGGAUUAGAUGGUUAUGGGUAUGGAACGGGAUACAAUGGUUAUGGAGGUUCGAAUUAUGGAUCCUCGUACAACGUAAGAAAUAGCUAUGAUCCUUCUAGCUAUCGCAGUGGUAGUUAUGCUGGUUAUCCAUCAGGGUAUAGGGGUUAUUCUUAAAGGAAUUAUCAGAUGAAAAAUAUUGCAAAAUAAAGUGCAAUAAACAAACAUUGCAGCAGUAUUAAAUAAUACUGAUUCAACUGUGUAUGUGGCAUUCAUUGAUAUCGAUACGUAAUCUGUAUUAAUAAUUUUUAUUAAUUUUUCACCGUUAUUAAUAAGUAAUGUACAUAUACAUAUAUUAUUGAUAAUAAUAAAUAAAACUUAGCGAAUAAAAGUAUGGUUUAUCUGAGAGAGAACAUAUUCAUUUAUGAGAUAUUAUUCGAAGUUAAGGUAACAAGAUUUAUGGUGUGAAUGAUUGAACAUGUUUCAUGAUUAGCUUUAUUUAAUUAAAAUACAUGAUUCGUAUUCGUAAAGGAACAUCGGAUAAACGCGAUAUUAAUAUUAUGUAUAAUUUAGUGAAGAUUUGUCGAUAUCUAUGCUAAUGAAUAAGAUACAUAUUACAUACCUUAUAUCCAAUAUAAAAAAUAAUAUUAUCUUGUUAAAACGCGUAUCGAGCACGUACAGUGUAAAGAAUUCUACUCGGUUGAAAUAAUUUUCGAAACAUUUCAUCUGUGUUUUAUAUUCGAAAUUUCCGAUAACGAAUAUUUAAAAUUACAUCCGCCACAGACGCUGUACGUGCUCAAUAUGGAUUAUAAUAAUAUGUAUUAGCACUUGUACGAGCAAUAUUUAAUCUCAAGCAUACAUUAACCGAGAAAAGCUAACGAGGGACUUUCAUUUCUCACAAUGUUCAUACUGAACAAUGUUAAGUGUAGUCAUGAAAAGUGAUUGUAUCAACAUCGAGUGAAACGAAAUAGUAUUCUUGAAAUUAAAUACCAGCUGAUGACGACGAGAGGGUAAACUAAAAUUCAUGUUUAAGAAAGAAAUUUCUUAUACGAAAGCUGCAAAAGUAGCAAAGAUGAUUUGGUGAAAUGACGAAGAAAAAUUCUCAGGAUGUACAUGCAGUUCUCCGUGCAUUGAUCUCAGUGAUUUUUAUCUGUUGUUUAAAAUUAAAUUUGCAAAAUAUUCGAAAGUAUAUCAUAUCAAUGACAAAAUCAAAGCACGGAACGAGGAAUGUAAAAAAAUGAUUACACUAAUUGCUGUACCUUAGGACAACCAUAGUCGAUAGUCCAAGACCGAUUCCAUGAAUUUCCUUCAAACUAUUUCACAGAUUAUGGUUAUCCUGGAAGAGGGUGUUUUCUUUGGCCAUCCGUCAGCUGACCAGCAGCUGAU